AUGGAUUGGGGAUGGAAUCUCCAUCACCGCCAGACAAUCGGGCCUGUGAUUGAUCACACUGCCGGCCUGGGCACACAAGCGCCCACUGCGAUUGGUGAACCCGUAACUUUCUCUUCUGGCCAAUUCACAGGACGGACGCUGCGCGUCGAGCUGCAGGAGCUGCAGAAGGCCGAAUCCGGGCGCAAAUACGCCAAGGUCGAUCGCCGUCCGCUAGAUCCGCCACCAGCCGUCCUACUCCGGUUGUUUGAGGCGGGGAACGCGCAGACGGGCCAGUUUGAGCAAGAGCUGGUACACGUGCAGAAUGUGGGCUUCAUGUGCACCGUCGAUUUAUUCCCCAUCCCCGAGGCUACCUACGACUCACGUUCGCCUGGGUCCCAGUCACCGCCCAGCUCGGAGGCCUCAAUAUCGUACGGCGGCUUCCCUGGCUCGUCAAGAGAGGUCCAGCCGAGAUACCCGUUCACCUACUUUCCUCUGCACCCCUACAUGACCCUCGACGUCGACGGCAGUCAGGCGACGACCCCACCGUUCCAGAUACCCCGCCGACAGCUCAUGCUCGGCCACCUGAGCCAGACGGAAAUGCCGCAGGACGUCGUCUACCACAUUGGAAACCACCUCGUCACGGAAUCCUCCAAGCUCACGCCAGCACUCGUCGGUGAAAAGUUCGUCGAGCCGACGCUUGUAGACCAUAAGGGCAAGAAGGCGCUCAUAUUCGUUUUUGGGGACCUCGCCGUGCGAAGAGAAGGGGUUUUCAUCUUGCGUUACCGCGCGUUCGACAUAUUCUCGGGCGUCCCUGGAAACCCUCAUACGCCUGUGCUGGCCGAGCUCUACGGUGGGCCGUUCAAGGUCUAUUCGACAAGGGAAUUUCCUGGUCUAGAGCCGUCCACUGAAUUGACCAAGAACUUGUCCAAAUAUGGCGUCCGGGUGACUCUUCGCGAUGCAGAGCGCAAGUCCAAGAAACGCAACAAAGAAUGA